UCCAUCUCCAUGGCGGCCAAGUCUUUUGUAGUGCUGUUGCUGCCUGUGGCCCUCGUGCUUCUCGCAGGCAGCUCCCUGGCAGUGGUUCAGCUGGAGAACGGCUACUACAGCAAGACAUGCCCGAACGUUGAGGCCAUCGUCCGCGAGGAGAUGGGGAAGAUCAUCUCCGCUGCUCCCAGCCUCACCGGCCCCCUCCUCAGGCUACAUUUCCACGACUGCUUUGUUAGGGGUUGUGACGCGUCUGUCCUGCUUAACUCCACCGAGGGCAACGCGGCAGAGAUGGACGCCGACCCGAACAAGAGCCUCCGGGGCUUCGGCUCCGUGGAAAGGGUGAAGGCCAAGCUCGAGGCUGCUUGCCCCAAUACCGUCUCCUGCGCUGACGUCCUCGCCCUCAUGGCCCGCGACGCCGUCGUGCUGGCCAAGGGCCCAUUCUGGCCUGUUGCGCUGGGGAGGCGAGACGGCAGGGUGUCCAGCGCUGCAGAGGCGGCCGACCAGCUGCCUCCGGCCUACGGAGACAUCCCGCUCCUCACUAAGAUUUUCCACUCCAAGGGCCUCGACCUCAAAGACCUAGUCGUCCUCUCCGGCGCGCACACUCUCGGCACAGCGCACUGCCCGUCUUACGCCAGCAGGCUCUACAACUUUAACAGCGCCUACAACGCCGAUCCGUCCCUCGACAGCGAGUACGCUGACAGGCUGAGGAUGCGGUGCAAGAGCCGCGACGACAAGGCCAUGCUGUCCGAGAUGGACCCGGGCAGCUACAAGACAUUCGACACGAGCUACUACAGCCACGUGGCCAAGCGGAGGGGGCUCUUCCAGUCCGACGCCGCGCUCCUCGCCGACGCCACGACCAGGGAUUACGUACAGCGCAUGGCCACCGGCAAGUUCGACGACUUGUUCUUCAGGGACUUCGGCGAGUCCAUGAUCAAGAUGGGCAACGUCGGCUUGCUCACCGGGGCUGAGGGUGAGAUCAGGAAGAAGUGCUACGUUACCAACUAGACUAGCUACUAGCCAAAGCUUAUCCUGAUUCUUCAAUGUGAUUUUUAACUACUCGAGUUUGUACGGCCUAUGUCUAUCCGUUAUUAAUCAUUGUAUUGUUUGAAUUACUAUGAUUAUUCAGUAAAUUAGUUCCUGUCAGCAUUUCUAAUGGAAGCCAAGAC